CUUCCCUCCACUUCAGCACCGCCCAGCGAUUCAGCAUCAGUUUACAAAAAGGCUGCGCCAUUAGACCCUGCUGACUGGCCAUCUGUUUUAAUUGAGAAGAAAGAUUUCAAAUUGAUUAAAGAAGGACUAAAGGACUGGAAAAAUGCAAGCCACUUGCUCAAGGUCCAUGAGGAUAGCCAUGAGCACAAUACAAACAUGGCAACAUGGAAGGAAUUAGAGGUUCGUCUUGCAAAAGGGUUGACCAUAGAUAAGCAAGAGAUGGCACUCGCUGAGGCAGAGAGAAACAGGUGGCGAGAGGUGCUUACCAGACUGGUGGCAAUAAUUCAGUCCUUAGCUGAAAGAAACAUUGCUUUAAGGGGAUCCACAGACACAUUAAACAAACCAGACAAUGGCAAUUUUCUUAAAGAGGUGGAGCUAAUGGCCAAAUUUGACCCAAUAAUGAAGCAGCAUGUUGGUAGGGUGGAAAGCGGAGCUGGAAGUCACACACAUUACCUGGGCAAAAGAAUCCAAAAUGAACUCAUAGACUCAAUAAGCACAAAAAUACUGGAAAAAAUAUUGGAAGAGAUCAAGACCUCAAAGUAUUUCUCCAUCAUUUUAGAUUGCACCCCUGAUCUGAGUCAUAAAGAACAGCUCUCUGUGAUUGUCAGGAUUGUUUCACUGGAAGAAGAAUUGCCACAAAUUAAAGAACAUUUCAUGGGCUUUCUUGUGGCAGAGGAGUCAACCGGGGAAAGUUUGUCUGCUCUCAUCCUCAAAAGACUAGAGGAGCUGAACAUCCCCUUUGAGGACUGCAGAGGACAAUCCUACGAUAAUGGUGCCAACAUGAAGGGAAAGAAUAAAGGUGUUCAGGCUAGGCUGCUUCAACUGAACUCAAGGGCCUUUUUUGUCCCAUGUGGUGCCCACUCCUUAAAUUUGGUGGUAGCUGAUGCUGCUAAGAGCUCACCAGAUGCCAUUGGCUACUUUGGCUAUGUAGCAAAAUUGUUCAAACUCUUCUCAGCCUCCACCCAUAGAUGGGAUAUCCUCCUGAAACACGUCAAAACCACCCUGAAAUCAUGGUCAGAGACCA